ACCAAAUGGAUGAAACUCACAUACACAACAUUAAUACCCUGAAAGAAAAACUGAAACAGGAAAAAGACCAUCUGGAUAGAGCAAGAGACAAGAUGGAAGAAGACAAAGUAGACUUGGAGCACAGUAGGUCUGACAUCCACAAACAAACUGCAUUACUACUACUUGAAAAACAAAACAUUCAAGAUGAAAGAAACAAGUUGGAAAUCGAAAAGACAGAACUCGACAGGAAAACACAAGAUAUUACCAAGCUUCUGGAUGAUGUGAACAAAGAGAAAGCAAAUGUAGAAAAUGUGGUUCAACAUAUCCAAGAUCAAAGUGAAAGACUUGAACAAGUUGCAAGAAUGAUUCACUCCAAACAACAAAAAACAGACACAAUGAACCAAGAGGUCAGAACACAAGUCCAAGAGUUAAAAGACAGAGAGCAACAAUUACAGGAGGACAAAACAAAGUUGGAAAUUCUCAUGAAGAACACCAGAAAAGCAACUGAAAAUAUUAAGGCUAUUGUGACCAAUGUCAAAAAUGAAAAGGACAAUGUCAAAGAAAUGGAGAUGGAGAUCGAAACACAACGAGAACUGCUAUCAAAUGAGAGGGAAAGACUGAAGGAAGAAUGGACCAAUUUGAAAGCAACACAAGAGGAAGUGCUGAAUAAACUGACUUCAGUUGAAAACAUGAAAGCAGAACUUCAAGUGGUAAAAGGUAAAAUGACUAAACACAUGCAAGACAAGAUGGACAAGUUAUGGCAACAAGAAGAAAAAACUGAAAAACUGGACAAUGAAUUACAGCAAAAGCUUGUUGCCUUAGACAACCAGAAUGAACAAAUGACUUCUUACAAAGAGCUAUUUGAGAAGGAGAUGGUAUCUCUAAAGACCAUUCUUUCAGACGCAAUCAAAAAGAAGCAGGAUAUGGAAAAUGAGUUGAACCAAAUGGAUGAAACUCACAUACACAACAUUAAUACCCUGAAAGAAAAACUGAAACAGGAAAAAGACCAUCUGGAUAGAGCAAGAGACAAGAUGGAAGAAGACAAAGUAGACUUGGAGCACAGUAGGUCUGACAUCCACAAACAAACUGCAUUACUACUACUUGAAAAACAAAACAUUCAAGAUGAA